AACAUUGCUCAGUUUUUAUUUCACGCCACAUUUUAUUCCACGUUCGUAAAGUUAUAUUCAUAAUUGACAAAAUACAACGGGUUCCACUUACAAUCGGCGAAAAAAUGUUUCGCGUGUUCUAUUCCCGAUAACGCCUUCAAGUGGUUCAAUAAUAUUUACGUUGCUCAAGAUGUCAUAGUCCAGACUCCGGUGGGUCAGUAUAGGGGUACUACGCAGUCUAGCUACAACGGAAGCGCUUACUACGCCUUUUACGCGAUUCGCUAUGGAAAGCCCCCCGUAGGACAGCUGCGUUUUCAAGCUCCGGUUCCGGUGGACCCUUUCGAUGGCGUUUACGAUGCCACCCAACAAACGGGAAUCAUGUGCCACCAGUUGAACUCUGAUUCGCCCCUGCAGGACGAGGACUGCCUACUCCUCAACGUUUUUACUCCGAACACGAGUCCCGACGAACCGUUACCCGUCAUGUUUUACAUUUACGGAGGCGGCUUCAACUCCGGUUCGAUAUGGGAUUACACUCCGGAUUUCUUCAUGGACACUGGAAACAUGAUCAUCGUUGUCGUUAAUUACAGGAUAUCUUCUUUCGGCUUUCUCUCUACCGGGGACGACGUCAUACCCGGAAACGCUGGCUUGAAAGACCAACUGUUGGGUCUCAAGUGGGUCAACAAAUACAUCUCGGCGUUCGGUGGUGAUCCCAGCAAAGUGACGCUCGUGGGUCAAAGUGCGGGAGCUGCUUCCGUCGCUUUUCAUAUCCUCAGCCCCCAGUCUGCCGGUUUAUUUAGAGGAGCUCUUGCCGGUAGCGGCACGUCCCUGAAUCCGUGGGCCUACAACAAAGACCAGGUAGAGAUGUCUUUCGGCACGGUGGCGACAUUGAACUCUCAGUUCCGAGACUCGAGAAACUCGACGGAAAUACUGGCGUACUUACAAACUGCUGACGCCAAAGACAUCGACGCAGCUACGCUCGAAUACAGCUACGCGAUCGGUAAUAUAAACAAUCAGCAGCUACAGCAGGCGUUUUUCUACGCGCCAGUAGUGGAACAUCACGACAACGAACCGUUCCUUACCGACUUGCCUUACGAGAGUCUGGAAAAAGGUAACUUCAACAAAGUGCCUCUGUUAAUCGGAACAUCAUCUGAGGAAGGGCUAAGCAGCUUGGCCGGCAUGGAAUGGUUCCUUUCGGAAUAUGCAAAGAAUUAUUCGACCUUGGUUCCUGAAGACAUGCACAUAGGUGACCUCGUCACGCUGAAGGAAGUCGGCGAACUCAUCAAAGAAGAGUAUUCACUGGACGCGACGAAUUUUUUGGCAGGCGUGAAGUUCCGCACCGACCAGGACUUUCAGAAAUCUCUCAUUAAGCAUGCCUACCUACAGGCGCCUCAUUCCGAUGUGUUCUUCUACGUGUUCUCGUAUGUAGGAGAAAUGGGCGGAAACAGCGAAACACUUCCCGGAUCUGGAAACGUGACUCACAGCGAAGAUUUGAGCUACAUCUGGGCAUGGAGGAACCCAGCCGAUUACCCGCUAGCCGACCAGAUAGUCAAUAAAAGAAUGGUCAACAUUUAUUCCAACUUUGUGAUUUAUCAGAAUCCGAUACCUCAGCAGGAUUCACUGUUUAAAGUAACGUGGCCGACUGUCCAGCCUGAUAAUUUCCAGUACGUGGACAUCGAUGCCGAGUUGACGGUGAAAAACGAUUACAAAAAGGAACGAUACGACUUUUGGGACAACUUGUACAAAACGUACGCCGUCAGACCAUUUGACGCCUUUUAAGUCGUCAGUAAAAAUUGCUAUAAUUUUACAAAUUAUUUGAAUAAAGAAAUAAAU